AUGUCUCAGAAGAACAGAGAAGGAGAAGUGCUGACAGGUACCACAAUUUUGGCUUUACCUUUCGAAGGAGGUGUAGUUGUAUGCGCUGAUUCACGAACAUCGACCGGAACUUAUGUUGCAAAUCGUGUUAGUGACAAGCUCGUCCAAUUGUCAGAUUACAUUUACUGUUGUCGAAGUGGAAGUGCAGCAGAUACUCAGGCAUUGACGGACUAUGUCCAUUAUUAUCUUAGUCAGUGGAGCUUGGACACCGGACGCAUUCCAACAGUGAAAACAGCUGCUCAUCUGAUGCGCCGACUCAUCUACCAAAACAAAGAUCAACUUCAAGCCGGGGUUAUUGUUGCUGGUUGGGAUCCUGUCCACGGUGGCAGCGUAUACACCAUCACUUUGGGUGGGAGUUGCUUGGAACUACCUUUUGCUACUGGGGGUUCUGGAAGUAUUUUCAUUGCUGGUCUUUUGGAUGCUGAAUUUUCGAAUGGGAUGGAUAUGGCAGAAGCUAGAAAUCUCGCGAAAAAAGCUUGUAGUCAUGCAAUGUGUCGAGAUGGAAGCUCGGGAGGUGUAAUCAGAACUGUUGUGAUUUCAGCAGAUGGUGUUGAUCGUGACUACACCCCAGGAAAUGAUCUGCCUUUUGGGCCUGUGGCAGUUUGGUAG